AGAUAACCACGCCACACGCUAUGAUAGAGGCAACUGCUGGCAGGGCCUUGAUAUAGAAGGGCUCAACAGGAGUGACGUGACAGAAGUUGUUUUGAGAGCAGUUGUGUUAGAUUUCUUCAGCGUGACUGAAGUGAUAUUCUGCAACAUUAUAAUUCAAUCAGGGUACAUAAUAAAAUAUGGAGCGAUGGUCAGGCCGAGUUGCCGUGGUGACAGGAGCAAGCAGUGGCAUUGGAGCAGCCAUUGCAGAGGAACUCGUAAAAAAGGGGCUCAAAGUCGUCGGACUGGCCAGAAGACAAGAGCGAAUUCAGGAACUGUCCAAAUCUCUUAAGUCGGCGAAAGGCAAAUUGUACGCGGUUAAAUGUGACGUCAGCAAGGAAUCUGAUGUUCAGGGCGCCUUUAAGUGGGUCAAGGACAACCUCGGAGGCGUGGACAUCCUCGUAAAUAACGCUGCUGCAGGCUACGAUACUUCCCUCAUAAAUGGAUCAACAGAAGAAAUGAAGAAAAUGUUGGACCUGAACGUUCUGGGUCUCAGUGUGUGCACCAAAGAAGCUCUCCAGUCCAUGAAGGAGAGGGGAGUGGACGACGGGCACAUCAUCCACAUUAACAGUGUUCUUGGUCACGAACCUCCGAAAGAAUGGUACGUCAUGCACUCUUCAACAAAGCACACCGUCACAAUACUGGCUGAGGGACUUCGUCGUGAACUUGUUAAGCAGAACUCAAAAAUAAGGGUCACUAGUCUGAGUCCUGGGCUCGUGAAGACAGAAAUGCCUUCCGAAGAACUUCUGGGCUCCUGCCCUUGCUUGAACCCCGAAGACAUCGCUGACGGAGUUUUGUAUGUUUUGGGUACUCCACCUCAUGUUCAGGUACACGAACUGACUAUAUUACCACAAAAGAGGGGUCAUACGACACACCAGAGCCGUUUAAGAGGAUGUCCACUUGAAACUGCUAAGACAACAAUGGAGCGUUGGGCAGGUCGUGUUGCCGUGGUGACAGGAGCCAGUUCUGGGAUAGGAGCGGCCAUCGCCCAGGAACUCGUCAAGAAAGGGCUCAAAGUGGUCGGACUUGCGCGCAGAGUGGAGAGGGUUGAGGAACUAGCAUCAUCCCUUAAAUCCGAAGCAGGAAAACUGUACCCGAUUAAAUGUGACAUUACUAAGGAAAGUGAACUGAAGGCUGCGUUCGACUGGGUGAACACGAACCUCCAGGGAGUGGACAUCCUAAUCAACAAUGCAGCAAUGGCUCCUGAAACGAAUCUGAUUGAUGGGCCACAAGAAGCUUGGAGAGGUAUAAUGGAACUUAACGUUCUGGCUCUCAGUGUGUGCACUAAGUUGGCCAUCCAGUCCAUGAAAGAGCGAGGUGUGGACGACGGGCACAUCAUACAUAUCAACAGUAUCCUCGGCCACUAUCUUAUCGACGCGUUUUCCGUGUAUUCUGCGUCAAAGCACGCCGUCACGGCGCUGACUGAGGGGCUUCGUCGUGAACUGGUGAAGCAGAACUCAAAAAUAAGGGUCACUAGUGUGAGCCCUGGUUUAGUUAAUACGGAGAUGCCACCUAAGGAAUUUAUGGACAAACAUGCUUACCUGGAAGCUAAGGAUAUUGCAGACGGGGUGCUGUAUGUACUUGGAACACCUUCACAUGUCCAGAUCCAUGAACUGAUGAUAAGACCAGUUGGUGAAAUCAUCUAAUGAGUUUCGUCCUGAAGUGUAUUACGUUUAAAGGAAAAAUCUGUUAUAAUGUAUUUUGAAUAUCAUACAUCACUUUAUUGUAAAUAUAAUUGUAAACGUA